GAAGGAUAAUAUUGAUGUGGAUGUGCGUGUGAUAGAGGCGUCGGUGGCGGCCGUUGCUCCUCCUUCACUCCUCCAUAACACACGGGGAACAUGGCUAAGAGAACGAAGAAGGCAGGCAUCGUGGGCAAGUAUGGCACCCGUUAUGGCGCCUCUUUACGUAAGAUGGUGAAGAAGAUGGAGAUAACGCAACACAAGAGACACGUUUGCACGUUCUGCGGAAAGGAAGCAAUGCGGCGUGUAGCAACAGGAAUUUGGUCAUGCAAGCCUUGCCGUCGGACAGUUGCUGGAGGUGCCUAUGCUUAUUCCACCGUUGCAGCCGCUGGUGUACGAUCCUUUAUUAGGAGGAACAAAGAUUUGAAGGAAAAAGAGGCGGCAUAAAUAAAAUGUCAACACUA